AUGGGCUCGACGGUCAUCGGUAAGAAGCCCGCGAAGGUGGUCGCCCGCCUCGGCCGCAGAGGCCGGCGCGGUGACGACGCGGACGACGGCCAGGGCGGCCUCAGGCACACCCCGCUCAACGCGGCGUGGGCCAUCCUGCAGGCCUACGCCAUCAUCGCCAUCGCGACGUCGAGCUACGGCAGCAUCUUCGCAUCCCCGCCGCCUCCGCCGGAGCAGAGCGCGAUGCUCAACCUGACCAACGUCAAGAACGUCCUCUUCGGCGACGGCGUCCUCGAGGACAUCCACAACGUCGACCGAUUUCUCGGAGUCUCCACCGCGGGAUACCACCUCUCGAGGCUCACGUGCCGCAAGACCAUCGACGCCGUCGCCGGCACCGCCAAGGCGGCGCAGUACGCCGCUUGGUACGCCACCGACGGCGCCAUCGACCUCGCCGCCCCUCUCGCGGCGGAGUACGCGGAGGCGAUGAUGAUUCCCGAGGCGUGGGCCAAUCUCAAGUCCAGCUUGGCAUACACCAACAGGGGCGUCGCCAACUGCCUGCGAAUCUCGUGGACCGUCGUCGGCCCGCCGCUUCGGUACGCGCUGCCGUUUCUCGAUUUCGUCUGGGACGGCUUGGAACCCCCGCUUGUUCGGGCGAAGGACGCCGUGGUGGACGCCGCGGACGACGCGAUGUACACGUUCAAGGAGUCGUUCAACGAGGCGAUGGGCCCCACCGUCGACGAGUGGGGCAGGGCGUUGACGCCGAUCAGGCGCGCCCCCGCCAACGCCUUCGCCGCCUUUUUGACGUACGCGUGGCGCCCGGCUGUGUACUUUUGCACGUACCCCGAGCUCUACGGCGACCUUCCGCCCGCGGUACCCCCAACCCUUCCGCGUUCGUCCCUGCGAUGGGGCGAGCGGUGCAGGAAGACGCUGUGGGGCGAGUGGACGACGUGCUCCGCUCGGUGCGGCGCGGGAUAUCGCCAACGGGUGAACCACUGCGGGAAGCGUCAGGUGAUCCGAUGCGCGGGGCCCGGGAUCGUCGGAUGCGACGAGGUGUGCGACAGCGGCGCCGUGCGGGAUUGCGCCGGGCGUUGCAAGGGUGAUAAGAGGGUGGACUGCAAGGGCGUGUGCGGCGGCGGCGCGGAGGUUGGAUGCGACGGGGGUUGUUCCUACGCGGCGGCGCAGACGGACAAGUCCGGCAAGUGCUGCGUGUUUCCCUCGUUUGUCCUCCCCAAGACGGGCCUGUGCAACACGACGAUGGACGAGGACACCGAGAGGCUCGCGCAGGCGCUCGCCACCAAACGUCGCCUUCUCGAGGACAAGGCGAUGAGGGUGACGGGCGCGUUGCCGGAGCGGGGCGUCGCCGACCUUCGCGAGCGCCGGCGCCUACGCGAAAUCGCCGAGCGAUCCGUCAAUCCCGUCUCGCCCAAGGCUAAGGGCGUGGAGCCGAUCCGGCCCAAGAAAUACCCCGGCACCGGCCGCGUCCAGCCCCCUGACGACAGCGACGUCGUGGAGAACAGGACCGAACGCAUGUUGGGCACCAAGCGGUACGUCAAGGUUCGACCCGCUCGCGACCGCAAAGGUAAGAGAGGCGUCUUUGGCGCCGUCUUCGCCGUCGUCGCGUGGCCGUUUCGCUUCGUCGGGUGGCUCGUCGCGUCCAUCCUCGGUCUCCUCCUCACCCGCGUCCUGCUCGUCCUCGUCUUGCUCGGCGGCUUCGGCGCGGGCGCCUACCAUGUCGUGAACGUGGCCAUUCAGCAGAUGGAGAGCGAACUGCGCCGGGAAGGAGGCGACGACGAAAACGACGAAAAAAAGCCGAGCGGAAACGUCGUCGACGAGAUUUUGUCCAAACUGGUCGACCUCGCGAAGACGGCGAUCGUCCUCGUCCGCGAGUGGAGCGAUAAACGCGCGAACGUCCGGGCGGCGGCGGCGGCGGCGGCGGCGGCGGCGGCGAAGGAGAGGGAGAGGGUAACGGACGCGCAGCGCGAGGCGUUUGCGUCCACCGUCGUCGGCGCCGCCCACGCCGACGCGUACGCCGUCCGCCGCCGAGCCAUCCGCGCCAUGGUCACCAUGUCCGGCUCGCCCGACCUGGAUUGGAGGCACAGGCUGCGGUGCUUCAACGGCCUCGUCCGGCUGGCGAACGGCGGGUCGAACCGGCCGUACCUCAUCGCCGAGAUGGGGGGAUUGGAGGAGGCGACGAAGGCGCUGUCGCGGUGGAUGGCGGACAAGUCGCUGGAUCAGCCGCACUCGGCGCUUCAGCUGAUUCGCGCGUUGGUUCACGCUCCCGCCGCGCAGCGCAUGCUCGCGAACCUCGACGUCGUCCGCGACGGAACGUCCGCGACGGUGAUGCUGGAGCUUCUGCUCACCGCGCCGGGCGUGGUGCCCCUGCAGAGGUCCGGGCUCGCGUCGCUGUGGGCGCUGAUCCACCUCGCCGGGCCCAGGUCCGGAGUCGCGGAGAAGCUUCUGGACGCGGGAGUGUUCGAACACCUCGAGGACGAGUGGGAGGACUCGCACGCGGACGAAGUCGUGGCGCACGGCAUCGGCGGGUGCGUCAUGCAGCUCGCGAAGGGCGACGCGAGGGCGCAGGCGCGGCUCACCGAGCUCGGCGCGCAGGCGCUCGUGUCGAAGAUUUUCGACGAGCACCCCGGGGUGACCUACCGCGGGAGGUUCUCCGACCUCCGCGCGUGGCUCAGGGCCGGUAAGUGA